AUGUUUCUAAGAUUAAUCAUAGCAAAGGUCUUCGUGAUAGCUGUUCUGGCCAGCGGAUGUCUGUCUGUGUCUAAUCGAUGUCUGCCUGGAGACCUCUGCUUUCCAGCCAACAUUGUAUGGAUCAAGUUCAUGGAAACUCUGGAUGGCAAUUUAUAUUUUCCACACACUCGAGAAUAUGAUCACCUUGUAAUGCAAAGAAAUAGUAUUUACACUAAAUUUCCUUUCGCCAUUGUUGAAGUAAAAAAUACCGCCGAUGUUCAGAAAUCAGUUCUCUUUGCACGCAAACACAAUCUGUUGGUGUCCAUCAAAACUUCUGGACAUGAUUUUAUUGGACGCUCAACUGCUCAUGGAAGUUUACAAAUUUUCCUUGGGAGUAUGAAUGCGACUAAAAUUCAUCUAUUUUCCAUCAGAAAUCCUGCUGGUGAAAUUACAUGUGAGAGUGGAAACACUUGGUUAAAAGUAUACGAAGAGGUGGACAGACACAACCGUACAAUCGUGGGAGGGAGCGGUCAUACAGUUAGUGUAGCUGGAUAUACACUAGGGGGCGGUCACAGUCCGAUGUCCCGGAUGUUCGGUCUAGCAGUCGACAACUUACUCGAAAUAGAAAUGGUAACUGCAGAAGGACAUGUAGUAGUGGCCAACAAGUUUAUGACACAGACGAGCUUUGUGAACGGGACUUUUGCCACGAGCAACGACACUGACAUUUUCUGGGCGUCUCGUGGAGGAGGAGGAGGAACCUUUGGUAUCGUAACAAAAUUUACUUUCAAGCUGCACUACCCAGCUCCCCAAAUUGUACAGUUUCUCUGUAGUUAUCCCAUUCAAAAAGCAAAUGGUCAAAAAUAUGGUUUUACGGUGCUAAAGAAAAUAUUUUCAAUGUUGACAUCUCUUCCAAAGGAAUGGGGAGGGUAUCUUUUAAUCAGUGGUGUUCCGGAUAAAUCUGGAAACUUUGGAAAUGUGAUGCUAGCCAUGAAUCACCACGGACCAUUCCAUUCAGCAACCCGUGCCUAUUUAGAUCAGUUGAAAAAUUUUCAGCAGGAUUGGCAAUCCUUUUGUUUCUACAAGAACUUUUCUUCCUAUUACGACUAUGACAAAACAUCCAAGGAGACUUCAUAUUUUCCGUAUUACUCUUCGAACACUCUUCUUCAUAACCAUAACUUCACGGAUGAUCUGAUUUCUUUUAUUCUACAAAAAGUGAAAACAGGGUAUUCCAACAGUAGUCAUAUGGGAAUGACGGGCACUUUUCUCGGUGGUGAAGUAAAGACAAUAGAACAUCAUGAAAAUGCAGUGAAUCCAGCCCUUCGAUCAUCACUGAUGUCUUUAACAGCCACGACUUAUUUGCCUACAACAGAUCUGAACUACAGCGCCUUCCUUGUAAGAGGAGAAGAAAUAGGCAAAGAACUUAACAAAUUCGGACUAGGACAAUAUGUUAAUAACGCGGGAAAUGACGUCAUUUCCUGGCAGAAAGAAUUUUGGGGCAAUAAUUAUAGGCGUCUUUUGAAAAUCAAGAAAAAAUGGGACCCAGAUAAUUUUUUCACUUGUAAAGAAUGCGUUGGUUCUGAGGAAAUCGGUCCAAAUUUUGUUGAUGGAGUGUUUCAUAUUCCUAUUGGGCCACCCUUUGGAAAAUAA